AUGGCCGGCUCCCGGACGGACGGCAGCAGCGCCUCUGCUCCGCUUAGCGCUCGGCGCGCGCAAAGCCACCGCGCCCGCCCCGCGCCCGCUGAUUGGCCCGGCCCGCACCGCGGGGCGCCCCUCGGCCCGGGACCGACGCCGCGCGGCCCUACCGGCGCGCCGAACAUUUCUGAGAAGAGGAGCUCCAUCACCCUCCAAGGGCAAGAAGAACACAAGAAGAAGAAGCACCUGAGUGCGCUGGCGAGCUUCCAGCAGGAGAUUGAGCAGAUAGGGGUGGAGAUGGAACCUCUCAUCCUGGAGAAAGGGGAGCUUUUUUUGAAAAAGAUGUCCGAGACCGAUGAGAAUGUUGACGAGCUCUUCAAAAAAGUUGAAAAUGAACCGGACCUUGAAAACUACACUAUUGAGACCCUGAUGGAGCUGUGGGAGAAGGUGGCCGAGAGAUUCACGCAGCAGAAGCAGGAGAUUAAGAACCUAGACCAAGAGCUGUUGGCCCUGGAGGUCUCUCGAGCCGAGAAGCUAAAGGAUGUGUUGAAGAAAUAUGUUGACAUUAUAGAGAAGACCGCCUACCUCCUGAAGCCUGAUGUAUAUAGGCUGAUAGAUAAAGAAGCCAUGGCCAUGAACCAGGCUCUACUGGGCAACCGGAGGGCCAUCGCCCAGCUGUUGGUCAACCUGACUGAAGCCACCCUGCAGCAGGAGCUUGACAAUCGCCACCGCUGGCAGGGCCUGGUGGAUGCCUGGAAGGCUCUCAAGAAGGAGGCCCUGCAGCAAAGCUUCAGUGAGUUCAUGGCUAGCAGUAAUAUCCAGGAGCCCCCAGCUGUGCAAAAGGAGCUGGACGAAAUGCUGAAGAACCAGGAGAUCCUUCAAAGAGUGAGGCUGGAUCACCUCUGCACCAUCUGUGACCUCCUGCCCCCCAACUAUAGCAAAAACCAGCUGACUGAGUGGUAUGAUACUCUCACGUCCCUGAACAAGCAGCUUGACACCUACCACAUGGACUGCAUGACCCUGGUACGAUUCCUGUACGAGAAGAUUUGGCAGGAUUGCCUGGCCUACGUACAGGAUUGCAAGAAGCAGCUGCUGGACUGGAAAGCUUUCUCGGAAGCAGAAGCAGAGAGCCUGGUGAAUCCAACCUUCUAUCUGAUGGUGGGGGAGUUCCAGAGCAAGGUGGAGAAGAAGCUGGAGCUCCUGGAUAGCUCCUUCGAAGCCUUGGCCAAGCAGACAGAAUUGCAGAGCGCGGACCUCUUCCGGUACUUCCAGGAGGCUGUGAGGCUGUGGGAGGGGCACCAAAGUGUUCUGUUGUCCCAAGAGCUGGAGCUGGAGAAGAGGAUAGAGCAACAUCGACAGAGGCACAACCAGGAGAACCAGACCCAAGAGAUCACCCUCGAUAAGCUUUUAGACCAACUGAGGCAGCAGAGCCAAGAAGAGACGCUGAAGGUGCACCUGGAAAAGGCCAAGACUUUUCUGAAGAACAUGAAGUCCAGGUAUGAAUGUUUUCACGUCCUUCUGACCAAAGAAGUGAUGGAGUACCCAGGGUUCGUACUCAAAGAACUCAACUGCUACAGCUUCACCCUCAGCCGACACUUCUUCAUUCGUGAAAUCUUCGAACAGAAUUUGAGUGGGGAAGUGACUUUCAAGUUCAGGCAACCAGAAACCCACGAAAAGGUCUUCAUGCAGAGAGUAAGUAAGCUGAAGAGAAAACACAGGGCGAGAGUGGAAAUCCGCAAAGCUGAAGAAAGCCCAGGUCAGGAGACAGGUUCCGAGAAGCCAGCAGAGGAGACGGAAGAGGAAGCGGGGGAAGAGAUGGAACCCAUCAUGGCUGGAGAGGCACGGGGCCACCGGGACAAGUUCCCACAGAGUGACAGGACAGAAGAGUCUAUCCAAGAGACUGAAGAAAUGCGGAGCAUGAAAGAGACUUUCUCAGAGUCAUCCCUGGAACCAGAAAAUGUGAAGUCUCAAGAAGAGCAGGAGGGGAUAGAGGCAGAUGAAGAGGAGGAGGAAGAGGAGGAGAAGGAGGAGGAGCAUAAAGAGGAAGAGGAGGAGGAGAAUAAGGGAGAAGAGGAGGAAAUAAAAGAGGAGAAGGAAGAGGAGGAAGAGAAGGAGGAGGAAGAAGAGGAGGAAAUAAGGGAGGAAGAGGAAGACGAGGAGGAGGACUCUGAGGAUAUGAAUGAAGAGGUGACGGAGUACUUUCAAGAGAGCUUACUUAUGGGUCAGGCUGAAGACAAGGAAGAGAGCCUGGAGGAGAUGGCCUAUGAUGAAAUGGAGUUUUUCACAACCGCGAGUGGGAACACUUACUUUGCCUUCCUGUCUGUGGAAGAUGAACAAAGGAUACACACAAGGCCGAAUUCCUACCACCUUGUGCUCUUCCACGACGCAUUCAGCACCAAGUACGUAGAACAAGUGACUGUUCCUCACAAACUCAUCGUGAAAGUGAAGAAACGGAUCCGAGCUGGCUUCUUUGAGCACCUGGAGAAGUGGUUUGACCAGUGUGCCCUCAAUGCUCGCAUCAUUGUGGCUGCCAAGGUUGACGAACUGGACUCAGAACUGGAGCUGCGUCUGCACCUGCACAAGCCAAGACUCCAGCACGUGGAGAAGGAUAUUCACAACGUCAGAGCAGCUGAGCUCCUGCUCCACCGGGAGAGACUGGACAACCACUGCGCAGGUGUGAUCGAGACACUGAAGAAAGAGAGACUGAUGUUCUGUCAGUUCCAAGAAGAGCAAGCUGUGCGGAGCAAAAACUUCCGCCGCAAGAUCUACGACAUGGAGCACAUCUUCUUGAAUGCCAGCAAGAGCCAAAAGCUGGUGAGUCUCACCAAAACACUACACCGGGAGCUGCUUAGCUACGUGGAUGUCAUCCAGGUGUCCCUGCGAAGCUUCCGGCAGUACCUGGAGGAGAGUCUGGGCAAACUCCGCUACACCAACAUUGACUUUGUCAAGCACUGCAGAUUGUUUUCAGAGGGGGGCAACUUUUCCCCUGAAGAGAUUGAGUCACUGUGCCAUCGACUGGAGAAGGAGGCCACCCGGAUUGAGUUUGUUGAAAGUUUAAUCAUGAUCCACAUGGAAAAAAUGGAGACGGACUAUCUAGACCAGGCCAAUGAUGUCAUCAACAAAUUUGAGAGUAAAUUCCAUAACCUAUCUUCAGACCUGAUUUUUGUAGAGAAAAUCCAACGGCUGAUGACGAAUUUGCAAGUGAACAUCAAGUGUCAGGUGGCCAAGUCCAAUUUGCAAGCAGAAGGAUUAAAUUCUUCUCUGGAGCAGCUUCAGUGCAAGAUACAAACGUGUCGAGAACACCGAGGAGAUAAGGACAUGGUGACCACAGAUGACCUCCUUGUCUUUGUCCGAUCCUGGAAAGAAAAACUGAGCCAGAGGAUUAAGUACCUCAACUGCAGCCUGGAUGUGGUGUGCAUUACUCAGGAGGUCUUUACGGACACCAUCCUGACGGAUAUGGAAAUGGAGAGUGACAUCCAUGUGUCUUCAGAGGCCCUUGAGGAGGAAGUCAAGGUGGGCCUCGUUACCCCUGAGUCCUUUGCCCAACCAACCCGCAUGGGGAGGCCCAUGAUUGAAGACCCUGCUGUGGAUGUGGUCAAGAAGAUCCUUCAAAUUCCUCAGACAAAAUCGGCAUGCCCGUGUGACAAGGACCGCUCCCACACAGCCUUGAAGAAACAUCGGUACCGGGGAGAAAAGUCCGUGAAGAAGGCCUUGGCCAGCUCCAGUGCCACCUCAGCAGGGAGCAUGACACGACACACCAAGAUCAUCAGAAUCGACAAAAAGUACCAGGUGCUUGGGGAAAGGCCCCCUCCUCAGGCUGAGGACUUCAAAAACAUCAUCCAGACUCUCCUCUGGGAGAGCAACGAGCACCUGCUGUUCGUGGUGGAGGAUUUUUACCGCAAAGAGAAACGCCCAGUCACCAGGCCUGAAUGCAUGUACGAAAACUUUGACCAGUGUGCUGAGCACAUCGUCAAGAAGAUCCUGGAAUAUCAGAAUCAGGCGGAUGAGUACCACAACUCCUGCCUUCUGGAAUUACGUGCCCAGGUGAGGAGGUUUGAGGAGCUGCUGCCCCAGGUGUGUUGGCUGGUGACCGAAAACUUCAAGGAACAGCAUUGGAACAAGUUUUGCACAUCCAUGAAGGAGAUUCGGGAGCAGUUUGAGCAGCAGCAGAAUCAACUGGAGAAGAGGAAGGAUGAGAAUGCCCAGAAGCUCCAUCCAAAUCUUGGCCACCCCAUAUAUGCCCAUCAAAUGGAGUCCCUACACAUUGUGGAGAAGCUAAGACAGGAAGAGCUGGACCGGGUGAUCCACACAAACCAGGAGAAGAUGGAGGAAUUUGCCAAGAGGUACAGCCGCUUCUUCAUAGCAAGUCUGGCCUCCUUCACAGAGAAGUUCCUGAUGCAGUUGGAUGAAGUGGUCACCAUUGAUGACAUCCAGGUUCCACGGAUGGAGGCCCCGAAGCAGAAAAUAUCAAUCCUCAUCCGGAGGAAGCUGGCCAGACUGUCUCUGGAGGAAGAGAGUGAGAGGCCCCUGAUUGAACGUGGGAGCAGGAAGUGGCCAGGAAUCAAGCCCAACGAAAUCACCAUUCAAACCAAGAUCCUGACUCGGAAGACACAAUCAAUAACCACCCAUAAGACCACCCUGGGCCACUUGGCCGCCGUAGAAGCCCGAGAUGCUGUGUACCUGAAAUACUUGGUACUGUUUGACAAAGAACUGAAGUCUGUUCAGAACCACUUCAGGACACUGGAGUUGGAAGCUCAGCGCUGGAAGGACAGCUGGAAACGUUCCCUUGAUACCAUCCAGUCCCUGUACGUGACCCAUCCUUCUCCAGUCCUCAAAUAAAGCCUGUAUUUGUCCCCCCCCCA